UCAGAGGGGGGCGUUUGGUUUCAUCAGAGGUACGGGGGGGUGUUUCAUGUGUGGAGCUCAUUUUCUGCUUCAGACUCAGAGACAAGAACACAAAGGAGACGCUGCUGCCGCUGCUUCUUCAUCCAUCCAUCCGUUCAUCCAUCCAUCCAUCCGUUCAUCCAUCCAUCCAUCAGUGAGAGGUGAGGAUGGACCUGCUGCAGGACCACAGGAGCUUUGUUCAGCUCCUCUCAGCUGUGCUGCUGAUGUCAUCGUGGUGCGUUCAGGGCCUUCUCGUCAGCGUGGCUCCCAUGAAGCCUCUGUUCAGGCUCGGCGCGCACGAGCAGAUGAUCUGCAAGGCCGUGGACUGUCCCACGGUGCCGACCUUUUCCUGGUUCACCCUGAACGACCGUCCCCUAACGGCGUCCUCCCAACACAACGAAACCCACUCCGUGCUGACCUUUGACCCUGUGGAGAUAGGCGAUGAAGGACAGCUGGGGUGUAGGGUGACGUGUGGAGAACAGAGGCCGGUGACUUCAGCCACCUCUGUCAGCGUUUACUCCUUUCCCUCAGACCCGGUUAUCACCGCUCUAGAACCCCUGAGAGAUCAUGUGGAGACCAGAUUCACCUGCCAGGUGUCAGGCCUGUACCCCGCUGUGGACGUGAACUUCACCUGGUUCAAAGGAGACAUCGUCCUGAACAGCACCGUGGAAAGUUCUUGGCAGAGCUACAUUAAUUACACGCCCCUGAAACGGGACUCAGGAGAGAAGAUCACCUGCAGGGCGACGCCGGAGCUGCAGCGUCUGCCGUCUGAGCACAGGACCAGAGAGACCUCCAUCCUCCUCAACGUCCUCCAUGCUCCUGUCUUCAGGAACAUAUCCGACCCUGUGGAAGUGAUGGCCGGCUCUCCGCUGACUCUCAGCUGCUCCGCGGAGGGAAACCCGGAGCCGACCAUCUCCUGGACAGCAGGCGGUAGAUCUCUGCAGCGAGGCGGAGGCGGUCGGCUCGUCUUAUCGGCCGUCGGACCGUCUGACGCCGGACGGUACGAGUGUGAAGCCAGAAACUCAGAAGGAAACCGGACUGCAGCUGUAAAUGUCUCAGUUCUAGCUCCGCCCACCAACACCUCCCUGACGGUGGAUCCAGGUGAGGAGGUCGUGGAGGGGCAGCAGGUGAACUUUACCUGUAGCUCUGAGGGAGCUCCGCCCCCUACACUUGUUCUGAGGAGGGAAGGGGAGGAGCUUCAGAGGACUGACUCCGCCUCCUCGCUCCACUUCAGCCUUCCUUCUGCCGUGCUGAACGACUCCAGCCGCUACGAGUGUGAAGCCUCCAACCAGCACGGCUCCCAGCGGGCCUCCAGUACCGUCACCGUCAGAGGUCACCCUCUGCUGGUGGAGGUGAUUCCCCCGGUGGAGGCCAACCUUCAGGUGGAGGCCAGUCUCAUGGUGGAGGCGGAGAGGGGCUCGCCCCUGACUCUGACCUGCCGGGCCUCCGGGUGCCGGCACCCCCCCACCCUCAGCUGGAGGAGGACGGACCAGAACCGGACCCUGCUGCAGAAGACGGAGCGGCCGGACGGCCAGUCGCAGCUCCACCUGUGGAAGCUGGACCUGCAGCAUCAGGGCGGGUACAGCUGCGAGGCCGGGUGCGGUUCUGUCACCCGGACCAGGGAGAUCCAGGUCCAGGUCCACUCGUUCCCCUCCGAUCCCGUCCUGGAGGAUCCCGGUCCCGUCCUGCUGGACCAGGAAAGCCCGUUCCGCUGCGAGGUCCUCAACAUCUUCUCGGCCAACCAGCUCAGGUUUCGCUGGCUGUCGGGGAACGCGACCCUCCUGACGGACGUGCGCAGGUUCUCCGGCUCGCUGCGGAACGUCUCGUCCGUUCUGAAGCACCGCUUCAUGGAGGCGCAGCGGGUCCUGACCUGCGAGGUGGCGCUGCUGACGGAGCACGGAGACGUGUGGAGGUCCAGAAACACCAGCGUGGCCCUGCAGAUCCACUGUGAGUGAUUCAGG